AUGUUCGAGGUCCUUGAGCUGGGCUCAAAGCGCGAGAGGAAUUGCGUUUACACUUGGCGCACUAGAAAUGAAACACUUUGUCCAGCAGGGCGGCCAGGGAGGCUCAGGAGCCCUUGUCGUUCACCGGAGCCUGCUGUGCGGGAAGAGACGCAGGCGACGUGGGAAGCGUCUUCGUCGAGGCUUGAGUCGCGACAUUGCGGGUCGGGAACACAGACGGCGUGGGCGGGGCGCUGGGCUGCGUCGCCGGGGUUGAGUGUGACAGCUGACGGAACAGAUCGUCCACCGAUAUCUGGCCUUCGUCCACGACGUGCCCUGCGGAACGACCUCGCUGGAAAAUCUACCUCUUCACCAUUAGCAGUUAGAGAGGAAGGUGGAAAAGAAGUAGACGAAAAUGACGAAGAUGUCAGUUACGACGAUGAGAAAAUAGAAGGGGUUGGUCUUCAGACGGAAUCGUGGUUCAUCCCGAGAGCUUCCCUUCACGUUCUCAUGAUGCGUCAGCAAGACUGGAGGAGGCAGGAACAUACUUCAUCUCUUGACGAGGAACAGCAUAGGUUCGCUUUCACACUGCGCCGCCGUUGCAUCGAGGCUGCAGCCGCUCUGAGGCGAGCGUUUGCUUUGCCUUAUUAUGGCGGCCUUUUACAAGAUAUGGCAGAAUGGCGUUUGCAGGUGACGCGGUUUAUAUGGGCAGCCGUCGUGUGCUCGUUGGCGUGGGCGGCGCCGCAAGGAAAGUUUGACCCCAGGAGGACCGUGGAGCAGCACCUGCCGACGGGCAACGUGGUGACGUCAAUCUCCAAGGCAACGGUGCAGGGGCACGUCGUGGACGAAGGCCAGAUAUCGGUGGACGAUCUGUUCCGUCAGCUGUCACACUCAACCCCGGCGACGCAGCCCAGCGCCCCGCCCACGCCGUCUGUGUUCCCGACCAGCAAUGUCGCGACUCAAGCCUCGACGAAGACGCUUCCCACGUCGCCUGCGUCUCUUCCCGCACAGCAGGCUCCGGUGAACAGACAAGGGCUCCUGAGCCUCCCUGGCCGCCCUGCAACGGGGAAUGUUAACAUCUUCAUCGACGACAGGCUCCGCGAGACCUUAGAAAAAGACGACAUAUUUCUGGAAAACGCUUUCCAGCCUCAGGGCACUGCUGGUGUUGCUUUACCCACGCUGAACAGUGCCCCAGGAGGCAGCAACAAUCAAAACUUCGGCUCUCUCCAACCUGCUGGACAAAGUGUUUUCAUUUCUAGUGCGCCAAGUGUAAACGCAAUUCCUCUCGGCGCUUUGAGCCCAGCUCAAGGACCUCGAACAUUCUCGGGAAGCCAGAAUGCACUUCCUGUCAGGACAACUGGCAGCACUGGCGUCCCUCUCCCAAUCUUCAACAAUGGAGCCAACCUCAACUCCGGUGGAUCUUCAGGAGGCAGUCCCAGAAACUUCGUAACACCAGUCCCAGUCUCAUCCAAGCCAAAAGUUGCUCACACACAAACUGCUGUCAACUUCAGCCCUCUUCCUACACAACCUAAAUUCACGCAGACCCCGACGCACGCCACCUCAAAGCCGACAGUUAUCACUAAAUCAGCUUUAACGACCAAGCCUCUGCCAGUAUUAUCAUCAGCCAACACUCCUUCAGAAUCUCCAUUCUUAGACAGCUUUACAAAUGCUCCUACUUCUGGCACUACUAAGCCUCCUGCUCACACGUCCUUUGGGUCCCGUGAUCUCUCAGCAUCGCUGCUGUCCUCUCUGCUUACUACCUUGAGCAAUAAAAUCACCAAUCCUAACCAGACAUUUGGCAACUUCCUCAAGUCCAUCAACGGCCAGAACGGGGUCCUCGUGCUGCCCUCCUCGAGCCUCGGGAGAUCGGCUGACAGUUCGUUCGACAGCAGCCCGUCCUCCUCGCAGUCCUCUUUUACAAUUGACUUCGGUUUUGACACAUCCUCAGACGAGGUGUCCAACGACUUCCAGAUUGACCUCGACACUGAUGAUGAUGAUCAAACCUCACGGGUCAGUAUCGCAAGUAGCGACGUUAACGCCCUGAGCUUCGGCGGGAAAGAUACCUUGUCCCAGAGCAGCGCCGGGACCACCACCGUCGCCGUGGAGACCACCACCGAGCCCAUCGCGAAGGUCAAGACGCCGGUGUCCCUGUUCCGCGGGCCGCUCUCCGACAUCCUGUUCACGAAGGGCCAGUGGCUGGGGACGCUCGUCGGGGGGCUCGUCGACAUCAGCAGAACCGUAGUUGGCAAGAUCAGGGAGGGGGCAAGGCAGACGAUUCGCAAACCAUAAUGGUGCUCAACGUUUCAAGGGCCUCCUUGAAAAGGACAUUGCCCUCCUUGAAAAAAAAAAUGUGCUCACAUAACAUAAUAUAACAGUAUUUCCUUCAUUGUUAACUUUUGAUAUAGUUGCACUUUGUUACUGCAUUUAGAUGUUGUUGUAGGCUCUCACAACUUCUGUAGUUAAAUAAAAUAAAAUCCAUGGUUA